CCCAUUCUGAAGAGGUGGAGGAUUUUUCUGUCUCGCUUGUUUUCUUCCAGAAUGGGUUCUAUUUGGAUUCCCUGGGUGGUGGCUUUGUUAGUGACGGUAAACAGGCUGGAUUCCUCCAUGACUCAAGGCAGAGAUUCUCCAGAAGAUUUUGUGAUUCAGGCAAAGGCUGACUGUUACUUCACCAAUGGGACAGAAAAUGUGCAGUUUGUGGUCAGAUUCAUCUUUAACCUGGAGGAGUAUGCACGUUUUGACAGCAACUUGGGGAUGUUUGUGGCCUUGACGGAGCUGGGCCAGCCUGACGCUGAGCUGUGGAACAAUCGGCCCGAUAUACUGGCAAGGAGUAGAGCCUCUGUGGAUGCGCUCUGCAGACACAACUACAAGCUGGGUGCACCCUUCACUGUGGGGAGAAAAGUGCAACCAGAGGUGACAGUGUAUCCAGAGAGGAUCCCAGCCUUGCAGCACCGCAAUCUGCUGCUUUGCUUUGUGACAGGUUUCUACCCAGGGGACAUCAAGAUCACGUGGUUCCGGAAUGGGCAGGAACAGAGAGAGGGGGUCAUGUCCACUGGCCUCAUUAGGAAUGGAGACUGGACCUUUCAGACAAUGGUGAUGCUAGCAAUGACACCUGAACUUGGAGAGGUCUACACCUGCCUUGUUGAUCAUCCCAGCCUGCUGAGCCCUGUUUCUGUGGAGUGGAGAGCUCAGUCUGAAUAUUCUUGGAGAAAGAUGCUGAGUGGAAUUGCAGCCUUCCUGGUUGGGCUAGUCUUCCUUCUGGUGGGGAUCGUCAUCCACACCAGGGCUCGGAAAGGACGUGUGGAGACUCUGUUGUCUGGUGCUGAGGUCCCAAGAGCAGUUCUUCGUCCAUAACCACAUUAAGGUCCUAAUAGAAGCUUCUCCCCCUGGAGCCUGAAGAGGGAUCGAGUGGCCCUGGAUUAAGUGAAGGACAUUCAUGAGGUCAAUGUUUUGGAUGACUCGUUUCCAUGCGACCUUGGAGGAGUCCUGAACUGAUUCUAGAGUCUUGUGUUCUGAGAUCACGCAUCGCUCAUCCUUGUGCCCUUCUUCCUCCUCCUUGUCUAUACUAGUCCCCAUUUCCAAGGACAGUGUCCAGAAAUUCCCCUAAGACCUAGCUCCUUCCAAUCCCAAACUUUACUUUUCUGUGGUCCAACCCUAACCCUCUAAGUCGUGAUCUCCAUCUUUCUCUCUUCCAAAGGCAGCCCCACAGUCUUCAGAAGACAAACGUUCAGAUAGUCACUGCUCCCUUUUCAUUGUUUUUUAAAAGACUUUUUCCUUUAAAAUAAAACUGAGAUAGAGAUAACCACAUAAAAUGUAUAAUUCAAUACAUGACUUAAGGCAAAACCCCUGUAAUCAAUGCUCAGUUCAAGAAAUAGAACUUUUCCAGCCGCUGCAUAAGUCUCCCUGCUGCAGGCCAAUCAAAGCCCACUCCCUCCUCUCAAAAGUAGUCAUAUCCUUGCAAACUAUUUGGGCAUUGAAUUUCCUUUGAGGGAUGAUUUUAUUACACUUACAAUUUUAAAAAAAUCAUCUGUAGGACUAUACAGAUUGUCUAAUUUCGGGGUCAGCUUUGGUAAAUUUUGUGGGGUAGAUUAAUUAGGGUACAAAGUAUUUGUCAUUCAUCUCAUGGAGAUGUAGCUGGCCCUGGACUUAGACCAUUCUGAGAGUACGUCUAAAGAAGGCUUACAGCUUUUACUUUCCUAUUGGAAGUUGUGAGCCAUCAGGUAAGAAGUUUGCCUUCAAUGCUGAUGGGACCACAUAGGCCACGUUAAAGGCACUGGAAUUGCUGAGGGAGAGAGUGUCUCCGUGUCCCAGUUGAGCCUCCAGAGGACCCCAGCCCCAGCUACCAUCUGACUGCAACCACAUGAGAGACCCUCUGUGAAAACCACCUUCUAAGGUCAAUCAACUCCCAGAACUGUGAAAAAUCAUUAAAUGGCUGUAGUUUUAAGCCACUAAGUUUGAGUAUAAUUUGUUAUACAGAAAUAGAUCAUGAAAUGUUGUUUUUGGGUGUAAUUUGUUAUACAGAAAUAGAUCAUGAAAUGUUGUUUUUCAAAGAAUUUUAUCAAAACAACAAAUCAACCGGCACAAAAUUCUUUAUAUCCUGUUAGUAUCUUUUAAUGUUUGUAGAAUCUGUAGG